AUGAGGCUUCAAAAUCUGAAUCAAAUUGCGAAACACGCUCAAUUUCAAUUAAUCAGAAACCCUAAUCCCCAAUUGCUAAACCAAAACCUCGCACUCCUUGCAAAAUCUCACGAAGACGAUGGCAAUGCUUUCUUCAAUCUCUACAACCAAAUGCUCUCUUUUUCUGAUUCUUCAUCUCACAACUACUACACCUUCACCCACGCGCUCAAAGCUUGUACCUAUUUUCACGCGAUCUCCAAAGGUCUCGAAAUCCACGCGCGUCUCAUCAAAUCCGGUCACAUCUCCGACCGCUUCAUCCACAACUCGCUCCUCCACUUCUACCUUUCCUCCAACGACGUCGUUUCAGCUACGCGCGUUUUUCUAUCAAUUCCUUCCCCCGACGUCGUUUCAUGGACCUCACUGAUAUCUGGUCUAUCAAAAUGCGGAUUCGAAUCCAAAGCCAUCGACGCGUUCUCUUCCAUGAACGUGAAGCCUAAUGUGUUAACUCUCGUAAGUGCUUUUUCCGCUUGUUCGACUCUCGGAGCUCUUAGAUUUGGUAAAGCUAUUCACGCUUACGGGAUGAAGUUACUGAUUGAUGGGAACAUUGUUUUUUACAACGCUGCGUUGGAUUUGUAUGCAAAAUGUGGGUCUUUGUUGAAUGCGCAUAACGUGUUUGUGAAAAUGUCUGAAAGGGAUGUUAUUUCUUGGACUACUUUAUUAAUGGGUUAUGCACGUGGAGGACACUGUGAUGAGGCUGUUGAGGUUUUCAAACAAAUGGUGGUUAGUGGAGAAGCUGAACCUAAUGAGGCAACGGUUGUAACUGUGUUGUCAGCUUGUGCUUCUGUUGGUUCUUUGAGUUUGGGGUGUUGGGUGCAUUCUUAUAUUGACAAAAGGAUUGACCUUGGUAUUGAUGGAAAUAUUGGAAAUGCAUUGGUUAACAUGUAUGUUAAAUGUGGUGAUGUGAAAAUGGGGUUGAAGGUAUUUAACAUGGUUGUUCGUAAGGAUGUUAUUUCUUGGGGUACUGUUAUCUGUGGAUUGGCUAUGAAUGGAUAUGGCAAACAAGCUGUGCAGAUGUUUUCACAAAUGUUGGUUCAUGGGGUUUUACCUGAUGAUGUAACUUUUAUUGGGUUGUUGUCUGCAUGUAGCCAUGUUGGUUUGGUUAGUGAUGGAAUGAUGCUCUUCAAAGCUAUGAGAGAUAGUUAUGGCAUUGUGCCACAGAUGAGGCAUUAUGGUUGCAUAGUAGAUAUGUAUGGACGUGCUGGUAUGUUUGAGGAAGCUGUGGCUUUCAUUAGAGGUAUGCCUGUUGAAGCUGAGGGACCUAUUUGGGGUUCUCUUCUUCAGGCUUGUAAAAUUCAUGGUAAUGAAGAGAUGUUUGAAUGGGUUAGGGGGCAACUAGGUGACAAAAAUGUUGGUGUUGGUACUCUUGCUUUAUUAUCCAAUCUCUAUGCAAGCUCUGAAAGGUGGGAGGAUGCUAAUAGAGUAAGAAAAACAAUGAGAGGCCCUGGAUUGAAGAAGGUAGCUGGAUUUAGCUGGGUUGAACCUGAGGUUAAAUUGGAUUCAAGUUUAUGUGUUGCUUAG